AGCUCCCUUGUGAUCAUUGGGACCGCAGACCCUCAGCAGAAACGAAAUAUGAAAUUCUAGUAUCCAGGGACAAUAUUUCUAGUAGACAGAGUUUGUGUAUUUUUUGAGCCGGACUCCUGAUCAGGCUGAUGGAUAAAACCAUUCUGUGAAAUGGUGACCCAGGCUCUCUUUGGAAAUGGCAUUGUAGCUGAUUAGCUUAAAUGCUAACUUAGCUAGUUAGCUUCUCCGACUAGCUGCUGUAUGUAUGUAGCGCUAAUUUGACACUAGCUACGCUGCGCUAGCUAGCUAGAAAGGCAUAACUACAUUUUUACACAGACGCGUCGUUGCUCGGUAAAUUUAGACUAACUUAUUACGAGAGUUUAAUUGUAUUUAAGGCAACAAACUCAGUCAGUUUGAUUAGGACCCAUUCAUUUAAGCAGUUGUAGACUGGUUUGCAGCUCCAGCAAGACCACUAACCGGGUCCGUAGCUAGUUUGUGUGGUAUGUAGCCAUGGCAUGCUAACCUUCCAUCGGGAAAGUUGGUGACUGGUCUGAAGGACACUGGCGCCGGAUAGGUGAAGCUGUAUAUCGGUGUGGAUAAAACGUCAUGGUUGAACGUCGUUAAUUAGUUUCUACACCUGGCUCGUAUCGCAGGAAGAGGGCCUGUACGUCUCUCAGGCUUGUUUACAUUGUUCAACUUGUCUCGUGUCAGGUUGUCUGCCUGACUAAGUCCUAAUAAUCAUGUAAAAGCUGUGGGACGUGGAGGUCAGUAAUGCAGCAUUACUGAGCUGGACAUCCAUUUGAAGUUCGGGAGUCGCGGACGGACAGCGCUUUUUUUUUUUUUUUUUUUUUUGUCUGACAAACAUGAAUAACUCCGGAGUGAUGCCUCAAGAGAAGAUGGACCUGGAUCUAGAAGUCGCCUCUUCGUUAGUUCAGGCCGAUGGACACCUGAGGAGAUCAAACAGUGCACCCAUGAUCAAUGGCUUGAGUGAUAACUCUCAGGUAUUCCAGAGAGAGGUCCUCCGCUGUCGCAGGAACAGCACUACAGUUGUCAACCGGCCCAACAUGGUCCCGUCGUCACCAAUUCGCAUCCCCAGCACCAGGCUUCAUCAGAUAAAACAAGAAGAAGGCGUAGAUGUGAUGAACAGAGAAACUGCUCAUGAGCGGGGAGUUCAAGCUGCCAUGCAGAUGAGCCAGUCUUGGGAGGAAAGCCUCAGUCUGAGUGACAAUGAUUUGGAAAAGUCAGCGUCUUCGUCCCCAAAGCGGAUCGACUUUGUUCCCGUGUCACCUGCGCCCUCUCCAACCAGAGGAAUAGGGAAAAAGCAGUGUUUCUCUCCUUCACUACAAAUACUUGUCAGCAGUAAUGGCCUCACACCCAGCCCCAUACCCAGCCCCACACGCCGCUUUAGCCGACGGAGUCAAAGCCCAAUCAACUGCAUCAGAGCCAGCAUCCUCGGCCCAAUAAAGCGUAAAGCAGGAGAGAUGGAGACAGAGAGUCAACCUAAAAGGCUCUUCCAGGGUACGACCACCAUGCUGUCCUCAGACGUGUCCAAUCUGUCAGAUCUCAGUUCCUGCCACUCUCCUGAUUUACUCGACGGCAGUCUCAGCAGCAUCGGCUCCUCCACCGGCUCCCCCGGCAAAAUGGAAGGCGUGUCACCUUCGUCGUCAAGCAACUCGCCCUUCGCCUCCCUCCAGGAUCUGUCUCCAAAGUGAAAGGCGUGUUUCUAGAGACUUAAACCCGCAGGGGGAAAAAAAGAAAACAAAAAACAGUUUCUUCUACGUUUAGUUUACAUGGAUUUUCUGAUGCUGGCCUCUGAACCACUGCUUCACGGAGGGGCCUAGAGAUGUUUGAACCGAAUCCUCGGCUGAUUGUGUCAGAGUGAAGCUGACUGAAGACACUGUGAGCACCGGCUGCUAGUUGAUCUUGGAUGGUGCUUGUCUGUAGUGAUGUUUGUGUGACCGUUCCCCCUCAGAGCGACACUGAGCACUGGACAAACAGACUGUUGGAUGUGGACACGGUCCUGUUUUUGAGCUGGAAAGCUUCUUUGUAUGUUUGCAGAUUUUUGUAAGAAAAGGUUUAACUUAUUUCCCUCCCCUGCUUGCUUUGUAAGUAUGUAUAUAAAGUGACGUCGUACUGACUGUGGGGUGAAUGUAAACACACAGGUCUUCUUUAGUAAUCCUUCCGGGGUGCAACUUCCUGUUCUACUGAAAAGUUCUCGAGGUUUUUACGACUAUAGGCUGCAAACUGUGGGUUAUUUUUCUCCGGAUUUUAGGAUUUGCUGCCACUAUAACAGCCCCUUUAAUGCCCCGAGCAAUCAUGAGUGGAAUAAGAACAUCGUUUCUGCUUCAACACUAAAGUAUCCUGUGGCUCUGUCAGGAGACCUGUAGAUAUGAAAAGUAAAGAAACGGUUACCUUCUUCUAGCAAAGUGUUAUUUAUAAAAUGUAUGGAAAAAUGUAUAUAUAAAUAUAUAUAAAUAUAUAUAUAUAAUUUGAUGGUAAUAGGUAUCUAUUUCCAGUGAAGCUAAUAGUUUUUGUUCAAUCCAAAGCGACUGACUGCUGGAGCAUUCACCUGAGAGGAGUUAAACUGCUUGCACAGGAUGGUGCUCAGUUUAGUCGUGUUCUGCUCUGCUUUUCAGUCUGAAGCAGGAAACAAACGUCUCUUAAGGAAAAGCAAAGUAAAAAUCCAGCCUGCACUGUGACAUUAUCCCCUCUGUGUCCGAGCUCUCCUGUGUUUCAUUCUUGUGAACCUUCAUGGCUCUGUAGCCUUAAAUGUUUCUGUACAAAAAGAAAAAAAAAGUGAUUGUAAAUCAUUUUAUGGAAGCGUUCCUUUUAAUUUAAAAGAAGAGAUUGCCGUUGCUUUAUUGAGCGUGUUUAUUUUUAUUGAAAUCCGUAUGUGGCUGAAGCGGAAGCAGUCGACUUGCCCUGCUUGUCGGUUCAGUUUUAUUUUUUCUGCUCCAGUUUUACUGAGUGUUCAGGGCAUGAACUUAGCACAUGAUGUGUUCCUGUACCGUGUGUCUGUAACGUGUCGAGCUGGCUAACGCUUCGCCUGAUGCUUGUGAUUUUUGUGAUUACCGUCGCAGCAGACUGAUGUCAGGGCUAAAUAAAUUAUUGUGUUAUUAGA